CAUAUGUCGUUCCAUGCACAUGUUAGAAAAUUGACAUCAGGACAUGGUAAAGGCUCCCAGUUGAAGCGCCCCCUAGAAAAUAUAAGGUGUUCAAUAAAUUUGAACUGUCCAGCACACAAGCCGUACCCGCUAGGAGUUUGUACGAAAUGUAAACCACCAGUAAUGACCUUGAAUCGACAGAAAUAUCGACACGUUGACAAUAUAUUCUUCGAGAAUCAAGAUCUUGUAAAUGAUUUUCUGAACUUCUGGAGGACCACCGGGAACCAGCGCGUUGGUUUUCUGAUUGGAAAAUAUCAACCUUUCGCCGAUGUGCCUCUUGGUAUAAAGGCUACAGUUGCUGCUAUCUAUGAGCCUCCGCAAACUUCUAGUCCUGAUGGUGUGGAAUUGAGCAUUGACCCGAAUGAGAAGGCAGUUGAUCAGCUAUGUGCCUGGUUAGGAUUGAGACGUGUCGGUUGGAUUUUUACCGAUCUGUGGUCUGCUGAUCAAGUCAAGGGAACCGUACAUUGUACGAGACAUAAGUAA